AUGUCGGACGACUUAAAUGUAUCUGUUCAGAGUCUUCAGCCGUCAUUAUUUGAAGCAUGGGCGAAGAAGCAGGGAGGAAGUGUGAAGUCUUGGAAGAAGCGAUGGUUUGUUUUGAAGCCGAACAAAUUGUGGUAUUUUACAUCUAAGAGUGCGACAACAGCGACCGGGUAUAUAGAAUUAAAUAGUACCACACAAGUGGAGGAAGAGCCGACGAUGAAUGUUCCUGGUAAAAAGUUCUUCUUUUCUGUUUUAUCACGCAAUCAAAAAGGUGAUCGGAAGUUUAUAUUAUUUGUUGAGACUGAGAUGUACCUUCAUGAGUUUGUGAAGCGAAUGAAAGAUGUCAUUUUAGCUCAACAAAAGUCCGUUCCAAAAUCAGUACCUCAACAACAAAUAGUUGAAGAGCAAAUGUUAACUCCAGUCUCUAUAAAUGUCGACAAAGAAACUUUCCACCCCAUCGAACAAAAAGUCGACGUCACAUCAGAAGUUAAAACUCAAUUCAUGAAGAAAGAGGAGCCUCCACAGACUCUCCCCACACAACAAGAUGAACUUCCUCCAACAGAACCUCCACACCUCGACCAACAACAACAACAACCGUCACCUAAUGACGGUCAACACCCCCCCACCGACAAAAAACAAUUCGAACGUCCCAACAAACCCGCCCCAAGUGCCACGUCACGCCCCAAAAAGGGAUGGGUCGUCACCCGUCCAACACUUUCCAUGUCAAAUGGCCAAGGCGCUCAAGCCGCUAUUCAACAACAAAACGCGCAGAUGACAACAGAAGGAACAACACUUAACAAUCAAAAUGUUCCAACAACUACCGUCCAAAUGGACGAUCAACACAUCGCGAGCGCGCAAGCCACCGCGGAAGCGACGGCGAAGAUGCAACAAGAGCUUGAAGAGAUCCGUCAGCGCGAGGAAGAGAAGCGCCUCGCGAAAUUCAGACAACAACAAGAGGAGUACAAAAAACAGCAAGCGGAAGAGGAAAAGCGCCGCGCCGACAUCGAAGAAGCCGAGCGGCAAAGUCAACUGAAGAAAGAGGAAGAACAACGCGCGAAAGAUCAAGCGGAGAUGCUCCGACAGCAACAGGAGUUAUUCAAACAGCAAGAGCUCCAGCGAAAAAUGGAAGAGGAAGAGGCGCAAAAGGCUGCGCAGGAGUCAGCGGGGGUAGCGGCCGUUCAAAAUGGAAAAGGACCCAUGGCACGGGGUGACGGGGUAGCCGUUCCAAAUGACACGGCACCCAUGACACAGUGUGACGGGGUAGAGGAGAGAAGUGAAGACGAUUCCGAAGAAGAGAAGGUCGAAGGGGAAGACUUGACGUUGCAGAAUGUGAUAGCAUUUGUCCAAGCGUUUGAAUGGAUAGAUGAGAAUGCGCAAGAAUUUGUUCAAUUAUUUUACGACAACAUUCCGCGGAGUUCCCCGACGAAUAUUACGGGGAGUGUCAAUCCGAGUGGGAAUGAGAUUGUAUUAAGGUGUACGUCACCGGUUGAUUCAUUAAAAGAAGUUGUUGAAUUUUUUAAUCAAGUUGGAUCGCCGACGACGGAGAUCGGGAAGUUGGAGAGUCAAGCGAAGAGAGUUGGAGUGCUUGCGAUAGAGACUUGGAUCUCAUUAUCGGAGAAAGGUGGAUGUGAUGCGGGAUGGGGGAUUAUAGCGGAACAAGACACGUUAGAUAUUAUUAAAGAGAUCUCCGAUAUUUCUGAGAUAGAUUCAGUGGGGAUCAUUAAGUUGUGGUGCGAAACUAAUGGCGUUGAUUUUGUCCAUCGAUUUGGAAGAGAUAUGGGAGACCAACCCCCUUAUAAUACGGAAUUCUCUAUGGAUGUCAAUGCUAACGACAAAGAGAUGAUCCAAAACGCAGCUGUUGCGUUUAUGUUCCCCGACGUCCCUACAGACGUUGUAGAAUGCGCGGAGGAGAACACAAUGGUCAAGGUCGUCACGAGCGAAGAAGGCUUUGUCAAGUUCAGUGUCAUCGUCGACAAGGCAAAAGAGGAACAAAUCAAAAAGUGCAUUGAAGCGAGAGGAGAAGACCCAACUAAUGUACUCAACUUGAAGGAUUUGCUCUCGAUUAAUAUCGUGGGAAUGGAGUACACGUACUUGAAUGAUGGGUUCGGGUAUGAUGUGUAUCAAGAGGGAGAGAAAAUCACCGUUCAGUUCAGGCUGGGUUGUUUCUAA